AUGACCUCACCAUAUGUGGUUGCUUUAGCUUGGACUUACCUCCAAAGCCACCUCACUAGCCAAUCAGGCACUCCAGGCGACCUGCCAGUCAGAAGUUGUGCAGGGUCCUUCCGGCUGCCGGCUUCAGAAGCCUUCCGGCUGCCGGCUUCAGAAGCCGGCGCCAGCGGUUUUGUGUACGGUGCUGGGACAGCUGCUGCAGGGAGCUUUGCAGAGAGCAUGGGCGAGCUGGAAAACCACGGCAUGAGUGCAGUGACCUAUGAUGAUGUGCAUGUUGACUUCACUUGGGAAGAGUGGAAUUUGCUGGAUCCUUCUCAGAAGAAUCUCUAUAAAUAUGUGAUGCUGGAGACCUACAGGAAUCUCAUUACUAUAGGAUACCGUUGGAAAGACCACAAUAUUGAAGAACAUUGUCAAAGUUCUAGAAGACAUGAAAGGCAAGAAAGAAGUCAAACUGAAGAGAAACCUUCAAUAUAUACUCAAUGUGUUAAAGCCUUUGCACAUCUUAGUGCUCUUCAAAUGCAUGAAAAAACACACACUGAAGUGAAGCCCUAUGAAUGCAAUCAGUGUGGUAAAGUCUUUGCAUGCAUCAGUAAUCUUCAAAUGCAUCAAAGAACACAUAUUGGAGAGAAACGCUAUGAAUGUAAUCAGUGUGGUAAAGCUUUUGCACAACACAGUACUCUUAAAAUGCAUAAAAGAACACAUACUGGAGAGAAACCCUAUGAAUGUAAUCAGUGUGAUAAAGCCUUUGCACAACUUAGUCAUCUUCAAAUGCAUCAAAGGACACAUACUGGAGAGAAACCCUAUGAAUGUAAUCAGUGUGAUAAAGCCUUUGCAUAUGUCAGUAAUCUUCAAAUGCAUCAAAGAACACAUACUGGAGAAAAACCCUAUGAAUGUAAUCAGUGUGCUAAAGCCUUUGCACAACACAGUCAUCUUCAAAUGCAUGAAAGAACACAUACUGGAGAGAAACCCUAUGAAUGUAAUCAAUGUGAUAAAGCCUUUGCACGACACAGUCAUCUUCAAAGGCAUAAACGAACACAUACUGGAGAGAAACCCUAUGAAUGUAUUCAGUGUGGAAAAGCCUUUGUAUGUCACAGUCAUCUUCAAAUGCAUAAAAGAACACAUACUGGAGAAAAACCCUAUGAAUGUACUCAGUGUGAUAAAGCCUUUGCACAACACAGUCAUCUUCAAAGGCAUAAACGAAUACAUACUGGAGAGAAACCUUAUGAAUGUAAUCAGUGUGGUAAAGCCUUUGUAUGUUAUAGUCAUCUUCAAAAGCAUAAAAGAACACAUACUGGAGAGAAACCCCAUGAAUGUAAUCAGUGUGAUAAAUCCUUUGUACAACACAGUCAUCUUAAAAUGCAUAAAAGAACACAUACUGGAGAGAAACCCUAUGAAUGUAAUGAAUGUGGUAAAGCCUUUGCAUGUCACAAAAGUUUUCAAAGUCAUAAAAGAACACAUACUGGAGAGAAACCCUAUGAAUGUAAUCAAUGUAGCAAAGCCUAUGCAUGUCAAAAAAGUCUUCAAAUGCAUAAAAUAACGCAUACUGGAGAGAAACCCUAUGAAUGUAAUCAGUGUGCUAAAGCCUUUGCAUAUGUCAGUAGUCUGCAAAUGCAUCAAAGGACACAUACUGGAGAGAAACCCUAUGAAUGUAAUCAGUGUGGUAAAGCCUUUGCACAACACAGUCAUCUACAAAGGCAUAAACAAACACAUACUAGAGAGAAACACUGAAUGUAAUCAGUGUGGUAAAGCCUUUACAUGUAUGAGUAAUCUUAAAAAUCAUGAGAAAAAAUCAUACUGCAAAGAAACCCUAUAAAUAUAGUCAGUGUGGUAAAGUUUUGUACUUUAUACAGGAGUAAAACUUCUUGUGUGUGAUCAAUCUGUUAAAGCCUUUCCAUAUCACAAUAGUUUUUGACUAUCUGAAAAAGAUGCUGUGGGUAUCUUAUUAUGAAGUAUUUGGUAAGAUCUUUAUCCAAUGCACUUAUAAUCAGUUACACAAGAGUGUAUAUUCUGUAGAAAAAUAUUUGACAAUGUUAACAAUCUGUUCAACAUUUUGAUGCCCAUUUUUAUAUUGUUUACAACAGAAAACUCAUGGAACAAAUAAACUUAUGAAUUUAUGAAAGCUUUUGUAUGGGGUAAAAGGACCAGACACAGAAACACACCCUGACCGUGAAAAUAGAGCCAGUGAAAGACACACCCCUUUGCCCGGAAAUCAGAGCUAAAAUCAUACUUUGACCCUGAAACAAGAGACAAAGAAACACUUUGUCCCUGAACCAAGAACCAGUGCUAGAAACACCCUGACCCUGAAACUAGACCCGAAAUGUUAAAAGGAGCCAGUGAAAGAAACACUCUUUGGACUUGAAAUCAGAACCCAGGAAACACACUCUACCCUUGACCAACUAAGCACCAAACCAACCAACCCCUGAGCUUGAAACCAGCCAAUGCCUGAGCAUGAAAUACAGCCAAUCUUUGAGCUUGUUCAAGCCCUGUGCCUGCUCAGUUGGCAGCUGUCUUUUACCACCCUGGCAGAAGCAGUGGCUCUCCUGGAUUCCUUUCUCCCAAAUAAGUCUCUUGAAUGAGUUUUGGGUGAAGACGUUUCACUGAAGCAGAUCAGAAUCUCACCAUUGGCUUGGAUCAGAGAAGCAAUGGACACCUCUGCUGGCAAACUCUCUUAAAGGAGCACAGCAGAAGUAACAACUUUUCACUAGAGGCUGCUGCAUUUCUGCAGCCAUUUUCCCCUUACUUGAGUGAAACAGAGAAGUAACAAUUUUGGAUGGAGCUGAAGAGAAAUGGACAUCUCUGCUGGGACACUCCCUAGUAGAGCAGAGCAGAGAAGCAAUUGACAGCUCUGCUGAGAAACUUCCUUAGGGGAGUGGGGCAGAGCAGCAAUGGGCAUCUCUGCUGGGUAACUCUCUUAGCAUAGUGUCACACAGCCCAGUUGUAAUGGCUCCCUUUUGAAGAGGAGCAGAUUACUGCAUUUUGCAGGAAUAUCAUUCCCCACUGGAACACAGCUUCAUGUAUAACCUGACUUCCCAACAGUCAGGGUACCUUUCUCCUCACAGCAGUAGGUAUCCAGGAUAUCUUCCCUUCAAAACUGUAGGUAUGGCCUGAUUUCCAACAGUCAGAGUAUCUUUCUCUUCAGAGCUGUAGGUAUCCAAGAGACCUUCCUUUGACAGCUAUAGGUAUAGCAUGAUUCUGAUAGUCAGGAUACCUUUCCCACCAGAGCUUUAACACUUGCACUAUGAAUUUAAACAAUAAUGUAACCCUUUUAGAUUCUAUACUUCUCUUCAAUUACAUGAAAUAACUAAUUUAGAUUUAAAACCUUUAUGAAUUUGUGUUAGCUCCUUUUUUGUUGUGAUAUAAUAUCUAGGUCAACUUAUAAAUGAGUUUAAUUUGGCCCUUGGUUCUAUAGGGAUUUAGGAACACCAUGAAAGUGGCGUGGCAACAGUGUCAGACACGACAGCUAAAGCAGGAAGCUAAGAACUCACAUCUUUAACCUGCAGCAUGAAGCAGAGAGUGGGAACUAGAAAUGGUGUGUAGAUGUAAAUUCUCAAAGCCUACCCCCAGUGAGUUCUAUCUCUUAGUAACCCAUAUUACUCCUACAAGUUUUUCUAUUAUUUCUACUGGGCAGUGGCAUAUGCAUACUCCUACAUCAACACAUACAUAAAUAGUUUUUAAACCUGAAUAAGUGCCAUUAAGGUCACUUGCAUCCAAAUGACUCCCUAGGUUUCAUCACUAGAUCUCAUAUAGGGGAAGUAGAAAAUAGACAGCUGUAAGUUGUCCUCUCACUCCUACAUACAUCAUGGCACAGGUGUAUACACACAAACAUAGUUCAAACACUUUUAAAUGGAUGAAAUUUAAAAAGUAUAAAAUAACCUAAUUAUUGAGAACAUAUGAAAUGAUUUGUCCAUUUAAAUGAUAGAAUUUCAGGAAAUAUUACUGUUCAUCAAAACAGUGAUGGUCCCUUUUUAAAUUUUAUUUUAUCUAUUUAUUUUCUGAUUCAAUGAUAGGUCAUUUAAAAACACAUACCUUGAGAGCUGGAGAGAUGGCUCAGCGGUUAAGAGCACUGACUGCUCUCCUAGAAGUCCUGAGUUCAAUUCCCAGCAACCACAUGCUGGCUCACAACCAUCUAUAAUGAGAUCUGGUGCCCUCUUCUGGCCUGCAGGGAUACAUGCACACAGAAUAUUGUAUAUAUAAUAAAUAAAAAAAUCUUUUAAAAAACCCACACACAUGCCUCAGCUGGAUUUAGGGGGGUAUAGUUAUAAUCCCAGCACUUGAGAGAGUCUGUUGGGCCAAUGUCUGUGAAUUUGAAGCCAGCUUGGUCCUCAUAAUGAAUUCCAGGGCAUCCAUGGCUAUGGGGACAUAUCUGUCUCAAAAAAUUCUAAAAAGAAAAAAACAUAUUUCAAAUUAGGGAACUUUUCCAAAUGUAAUAUGGCUGGAUUCUGACUGGUUUCAACAAAAUCUUUUGUUAUAUUUAAUCACAUUAAGAGAACUGUUUUAACAAUGAAAAUAAGAAGCAAUAUAGAGAGUCCAUUCACAGAGGUAUAAAAAUCCAUUGAAUCCUUAGACAACCAUCUAGAGAGGACUUUCCUGACCUUUAAGUGACAGGAGAAAGAAGGAGCAGUGGGACAUCUUCAUCUUCAGCAUUCUAUUUGGGACCUGGAGAAAUGACUCAGUAGCACUGAUCCACUUGGGUACCCUAGCACCCAUAUCAUAUUGGUCAGAACUACUUGUAUUUCCAGGUCCUGAGAUCUGGUGCAUCCGUCUAGCCUCUUAGGGAAUCAGAUAUGGAUGGUGAAAGACAUAUAUGUAUGUGAUUCUAUAUUGUAAAAGAAAAAAAAAGGUUUUCUUCAUGUGCCUGUUAUCUUAAAAAAGAAUUAAAUUUAAAUGUAUAAGUUUUGCCAGUGAGUAUACCAAGUGCAUAUGAGGUACCAGAAGAUGGUGUCUGAUCCCCUGUGACUAUAGGUACAGACAGUGGUGAUCUGUCUUUUGGGUGCCAGGAAUUAAAGUCAGGUCCUAUGUAUGAGCAGCCAGUUUUCUAAGUUCUAUUCAGCUCCACAGACAUGUUAUUAAUAGCAGUAAGGUGUGAAUGGUUGCUAAGUUCAUCUUUACAUCAGCACUGAUGACCCAGAAGAAAUAUAAAAUAGCAACAGAAACUAACUUAGACAUGGUGCUGAUAGAAUUUUUUGAGCCUAGAUCCCCACAAAAUGAGGGAAAACUACAAAGAAUUAUCAGGAGGGAAACUGAAAAUAAAAGUCUUUAAAAGAUGAUUGACCAUUUAACCAAAGCCACAAGAGUGAAUUUAUCUCUGAUGUUGUAAACAGGCAGCAAUUGGGACCCAGAAGUUCACAUGUCAGGUGUCCCUUGCUUGAGUUUAUACCUCCUGUAAUAAGAGAAAAGGAACUUGCAGGCAUGAAGUCUGACUUGUCUGAAUAUGAUCAUUUUUUGCUUUCCUGAUGCCUAUAAAACCUUCAGUUUGGAGCUCUGAAUGGUGGUGACUCUAGAUGACAUCCAGAUUAUGAAGAGAUCCUGAGACUUGAUCUGAAGUCUCUCCAAGGCUAAGGCCUCUACAAAGAGCUGUAGAGUUUCAAAGAAUUGUUAGGGAUGGACUUUUGGGUGUGAAAGCCCAAGGUUCAAAUGGCAGAGCAAUGCUUGGGGUGUACCUGAGGACAAGCUGGCAUGGACUGUACUUGGUAUCCACUCAGCUGCGGUGGGUCAGACACCUCCAGGUCUUCUACUCUUUCUUUGUCAACUUGUGUAGCUGUUAUUGAUGGUACCCUGCAGCCUCCACUUUUCAAUUUUUACUGGGAUCUUGAAGCUCCUUAGUCUCCACCCUAUCAAUAUCUGGUACUUGCCUGAGUAUUGAAUAGAAUAAUAAGGAUAUUCUAAGAGACCUUUAUAUCUCUCCCUUUGGAUAACAGCUAAUGAAACAAUAGAUGCUAUGAAAUUCUAAUUUUGGGGGGAAUUUCAUUGUAGGAAAAGACUGACUCCUCUAGAUAAGAAUGUCUCUACUGAAGAAACAUUUACUCCUUAUCUGACCACCUUGCAGGACAGAAAGGAGCUGAGGUUGGAGGGUUUUAGAGAUGGAAAAACUUUCAUUAUAUGGCUUAGUUGUAUUACUUAGUUGUUCAUAUCUCUUGCCAUCUAUCUAAACCUAUUAAGACCCCAAGGAUAGAUUAAUUACCUUAUAUCUUCAUCACUGUUCCAUAUUAGUCAUGCUGAAAAUAAAUCAUGUUUACAAUUUUUUUUAUUAA